GCUUCUGCUCGUCAGUAGCUUAAUGGCCGUCAGAGAAUGUUCGCUUAAAGUGGCCUCCUUCAACAUCAAGUGGUUAAGUGAGAGAAAAGUCCAUGACCCAGACAUCAUGACCGUCAUUACGAAGAUUUUGUUGCGCUACGAUCUGGUUCUUAUUCUGGAACUGCGGAGUAACGCUACAGACGUCAUGUCACGGAUUGUGGCGGAUAUGAACAUGCUAUCUACCUCACCCUAUGGCUUCAAAGUCAGCCAGCCACUGGGACGCACGAGCUACAAGGAAGAGUAUGCCUUUGUAUAUCGGUUCAGUAAAGUGACCAUCCAGUCGGUCGAGCAGUAUGACGACGGUCCCGACGAUCACACAGACGCCUUUGAGAGAGAGCCUUUUAUAAUCGAGCUUCGUCUGCCCAACACCUUCUCACUGACCACGUUUGUCUUCAUCGGCGUCCAUAUCAAGCCUUCUGAUGCUGCAGCGGAAAUUUCUCAUCUUGUCGACGUCUAUCGCCAUGUUGCCGCCACAUACCACACUCAGAACAUUCUUAUAGCAGGUGAUAUGAAUGCUGACUGCGCUUACAUGUCCGCCAAUCAGCUGGCAUCGUCUCCUCUGCAUGGCGGAAACUUUACAUGGCUAAUUGACAGUACAGCUGACACGACAGUCAGUACACACACGGACUGUGCCUACGACAGAUUUAUCAUCUCAGGAGGUAAGCUGAAGGCGGCCAUUGUCCCCGGCAGUGCCAGGCCGUACAACUUUCACCAGACGAUGGGCUUAAGUUUUAACCAGGCCUGGGCUGUUAGUGACCAUUAUCCCAUAGAACUAGAAAUUGUAUAGAAUCUGAAGAAAUCUGCCCUUUCCAUCGGAGGAUACUUGCUCGCAAAUUAUGAGUGUAUUUUACCGUAGUUUGUG